GUCGCCGUCGUGCUAUUGCGCUCACUUUUGCACAGGUGAGGGGGAGUGGAAGCGAGAGAGGAAGUGGUAGUGGAAACGGAGAGCCUUCAAAGCUGCGCGCGCCCAAUACAUCGAAAGAAUCGUUUGGGCCAGGUGUAUCUGUAUCACCAUGAUGCACAAAUUAAAAUAUCGCGAUAAAUUAAAAUGGGUUUUAGCCCUGCCCCUGCUGAUUUGCACCUUUUUUAUGCAAACGGAGGCACAAACAAGGGAUCCAAGAUUUUAUUCGCGGCCAGGCGUUGACUAUCAUUGGCCAAAUCCAGGUGAUCCAGAUUACAGAACUUACACGUUCAACGAUCGCCGAUAUGGUCAUUAUCAGCCAAAUGGUUUUGGAGCCAACUAUCCGGGCAGAAAUCCCCCAGGGCAAUAUCCCCAAGGAAUGCCAAACGAAGAUCGUUUUCGAUUUGAUCCGAACGAUCCCAAUGCACGGACCCAGUUCCCGGGAGUUUUGGCCGGAUGGCGAGAGGAUCUGCAGGGCAAACAGCGUCGCGACUCCUUGACCCUUGAACGGGAUGUGUUCGUGACCACAAACUAUGGCCAGGUGCAGGGCUUCAAGGUGUACAUGUACGACAAUCCCGAUCCCAAGUCCUUCUACCGACCCUACCACUCCACCGUGGAUCGGGUGAUGGGCGAGUGCUCGGUCUUCCUGGGCAUCCCCUACGCCAUGCCGCCCACUUUCGAGGGCAGGUUCAAGCCACCCCGCGUCCACCGCGGAUGGCAGCUGGUCCAGGCCGUCGACUUCGGACCCGCCUGCCCUCAGCCGGUCCGCUACACCGGCGCCACCAAGGGAGUCAUGGACAUGGACGAGGAUUGCCUCUACUUGAACGUCUAUUCACCCAAGACUGGCGCUGGCGUGGCUCAGAAGUACCCGGUGAUGGUGUACAUCCAUGGCGGGGAGUUCAUCCGCGGAGCGUCGAACUUGUUCCAGGGACAUGUGCUGGCCUCCUUCUACGACGUGGUGGUGGUGACGCUGAACUACCGCCUUGGUGCCCUGGGAUUCCUGUCGACGGGCGACGAGAACUCGCCCGGGAACUACGGAAUCCUGGAUCAGGCGAUGGCGCUGCGUUGGGUGCACGACAACAUCGAGUUCUUCAACGGCGAUCGGGACUCCAUAACGCUGUUUGGUCCCGGAGCAGGUGGUGCGUCCGCCGGUCUUCUGAUGGUGGCACCGCAGACGCGGAAUAUCGUGAGGCGGGUUAUCGCCCAGUCGGGAUCGGCUUUGGCGGAUUGGGCCCUGAUCCAGGACAAGUACCGGGCCCAAAACACAAGCCGUGUGCUGGGACAAGUGCUGGGCUGCUCGAUUGAGUCGUCGUGGAAGCUGGUCAACUGCCUGCGCACCGGACGCAGUUUCUAUGAGCUGGGCAACGCGGAGUUUGCCCCCCAAGUGGGCAGUUUUCCCUGGGGUCCGGUUCUGGACCACAACUUCACGCUGCCCGGCGACGAUUGGUACGAGGGCUGGCGCGAGAAGGACUGGCGCUUCCUCACCCAAACGCCGGAGACACUCAUCCGGGCCGGCAAGUUCAACCGGAACAUCCAGUACAUGACGGGCGUCACCACGCAGGAGGCGGCCUUCUUUGUGGCCCAAAAUGAAUCGCUAAGUCCGUACUACGAGCUGGAUGGGCGGUUCUUUGACCAGAAGAUACGCGAACACGUCUUUCGAUACAACUAUACGCUGAAUCCGAACGGAGUCUAUGAGGCCAUCAAAUACAUGUACACGUUCUGGCCGGAUCCCAACAACAACACCAUCAUCCGGGAUCAGUAUAUCAACAUGCUCAGCGAUCUGUACUACCGGGCACCGGUGGACCAGAUGGUCAAGCUGAUGCUCGAGCAAAAGGUGCCCGUCUACAUGUACGUGCUGAACACCACCGUGGAGGCACUGAAUCUACCGCAGUGGCGGAAGUAUCCCCACGACACGGAGAGGUACUUCCUCACCGGAGCCCCCUUCCUAGACACCGAGUUCUUUCCCAAGAAGGAGCACCUGCAGCGCAACAUGUGGACGGACAACGAUCGCAACAUGAGCCACUUCUUCAUGCAGACCUACUCCAACUUUGCCAGAUACGGCAAUCCGACGCCCCAACAGGUGCUGGGCAUGCACUUCCAGCGAGCGUACCAGGGCGAGAUUCGCUACCUGAACAUCAACACCACGUUCAACUCGUCCAUCCUGCUGAACUACCGGCAGACGGAGUGCGCCUUCUGGACGCAGUAUCUGCCCACGGUGAUCGGGGUGCUGGUGCCCACAUAUCCUCCCACCACGGAGUAUUGGUGGGAGCCCAAGGAACCGCUGCAGAUCGCCUUCUGGAGCAUGUCGGUGACCUGCUUCUUCCUCAUUGUCCUGGUGGUCAUCUGCUGCAUCAUGUGGCGCAACGCCAAGCGCCAAUCGGAUCGCUUCUACGACGAGGAUGUCUUCAUCAAUGGCGAGGGCUUGGAACCGGAAGCGGAUGCUCGGGGUGUGGACAACGCCCACAUGGUGACCAACCAUCAUGCGCUGCGCUCCCGCGACAACAUCUACGAGUACCGGGACUCACCCUCCUCUAAGACGCUGGCCAGCAAGGCGCACACGGACACCACCUCGCUGCGAUCACCCAGUUCGCUGGCCAUGACCCAGAAGUCCAGCAGCCAGGCCUCGCUUAAGUCGGGGAUCUCUCUGAAGGAGACCAAUGGCCACCUGGUCGUCAAGUCGAGCGAUCGGGCCGCCACUCCACGGGCCCAGCCAAAUGGGAAUGGCCACGGAUCUCCGGCCAAGUUGGCGGCUCCCGUGGAGGAGAAGCGUCUGCUGCAGCCACUGUCCAGCACUCCGGUGCCGCAACUGCAGUCGGAGCCAGCCAAAAGGGUUCCAGCCGCCGCCGCCGCCAGUGUCUCUGGGAGCAGUCGAAGUACCACGCCAGUGCCCUCCGCACGGAGCACCACCACCCACACCACCACGGCCACGCUGAGUUCGCAGCCAGCGGCACAGCCCAGACGAACCCACCUGGUGGAGGGAGUGCCUCAGACAUCCGUCUAAGUAACCGCUCUCUAAGCGCGGGAUGCGCUUAGGGAGUCAGCCAAAUCGUCCAAUAACCGAGCAUGUCGAUGAUCCCACAAGGGAACGUGAAGUUCUUCCUGGGACUUCAAUUAAUAUUAGCUAGUUGUUUUCCGAAAAAUGUAAGUUUAAUUUUUGUAUUUAUAAUACGUUUUUAAAUAGAUCUGUGAGAUCUCAGUUUUGAGUUGUAGCAUAGGCAAAACCUAUAUUCGUAACAUAUUGUUUUAAGUUUAUUUGUUCGUAAGUUUGAUAACCCAACGAAUACAAAUCCAUAUCAAUGACAUUCCAUAGCCUUAUAAUCGGCCUCUAAUUGUACAUAUACAAAUAUAAUAAAAUAUAUGUAUAUUAGUAUUAUUUAAUAAUAAGAUAUACAAGAGUUCUGCUAAAACUGUCACUUCCAAGAGAUUAGUUAGAUAAACUUUUAAUUGCAAUAAAAGCAAACAGAAGUGACAGUAAUAUCGAAUGAAUGUGUAAAGAUAGUAUAUAAAAUGUGACAAAUGUUAUAGAACAAAAAUAAAGUAACAUUAAA